GACCAAGUUAAACAAACUCCAUGGAUCUGUCCUCAUCAUCCCUUCUCCUUUCCAACUCAUAACCUUCCAUCAAUCUUCUUCAUCCCCACAACAACAAUGUACUCUGAAAACCCCUCUCCCAAAGCCCAGGCAUGGUUUUGCGCCACUGGGUUACCGAGCGACGUGACAAUCCAAGUAGAUGAUAUGACCUUUCAUCUCCACAAGUUUCCUUUGAUGUCAAAGAGCCGAAAGAUUCAUGAUUUGAUCACAGAGCAAGAGACGAGGCUGAGACGAGAUGGUGAUGGCGGCGGAGAGAUUGAAGAAGAGGUGGUGGAGUUCCAAUGCCACAUCUCGCUGCUGAAUUUUCCCGGCGGGUUGGAGGCAUUCGAGGCUGCUGCCAAGUUCUGCUAUGGCGUCAAGAUUGACUUGUCGGCUUCCAAUGUGGCUCUGCUCCGAUGCGCGGGGGAGUAUUUGGGGAUGACGGAGGAAUAUUCCGGCGAGAAUCUCGUCUCGAAGACGGAGAUGUUUUUCUCGCUAACUGUCCUGAAGAGUGUCAGGGACUCGAUCAAAACCCUCAACUCCUGCGAGAAGCUCUUGCCCAUGGCGGAGACGUUGGAAAUUGUUCCGAGAUGCAUCGAUGCUAUUGCGGCCGGAGCUUCUUCGGGAGAUCCGUCGUUGCUCGGAUGGCCGGUGAGUGACAGAGGUGCCAACCGCCCUUUUUGGAACGGCGUGGAAGGGAGUACUCGCCGGAAGGGAGCUUCGAGAGGCGGUGGAGCAACAGAUUCAUGGUGGGAAGAACUCGGUCAUCUCAGCCUACAUCUCUUCAACCGCUUGAUUUCAGCCAUGAAAGAUCGAGAUUUGAAUCCGGAUGUUAUGGAAAACUGUUUGAUUUCCUACGCGAAGAGAAACAUACCAGGACUCUCGCGAUCUGCUCGGCGGCCAUCUUCGUCUUCCAUCCCUACCGAGAAUGAACAGAGGGAGAUUCUGGAGGCCAUAAUCUCGAAUCUCCCGACCGAGAAGAGCUCCAUAUCUUCUUCCGCCACUCGAAUUCUAUUCGGAUUGCUCCGAUCCGCGAACAUUCUCGACGUUUCAGAGAUCUGCCGAUCGAGACUGGAGAGGAAAAUCGGAUCUCAGAUGGAGCAAGCUACGCUCGACGAUCUUCUCAUUCCCAGCUAUUCUUCUGAGAGCGAAACGCUAUAUGAUGUGGAUUGUGUUCAGAGAAUUUUAGGUCAUUUCCUAUCCGCUUCAGAAGAGAGAUCUGCUACAAACGGAGUCGAAAACGAUGAAGAUCUACACAGUUCGAUAUCUGCAUCUGUAAUGGUAGUUGGGAGAUUGAUCGACGGUUACUUAUCGGAAACCGCUUCCGACUCUAAUCUGACGCCGGAAAAGUUUUGCGAACUUGCCGUUUCACUGCCGGAGCAAGCUAGGCUCUUCGACGACGGACUUUACAGAGCGGUAGACGUUUAUUUGAAGGAGCAUCCAUGGAUAGAAGAGGCGGAGAGGGAGAAGAUCUGCGGAGUCAUGGAUUGCCGGAAGCUGACAUUGGAGGCCUGCACUCACGCGGCGCAGAACGACCGGCUCCCGCUGAGAGCCGUCGUUCAGGUACUGUUCUUCGAGCAGCUCCAACUCCGACACGCCAUUGCCGGGGCUCUGCUAGCCGCCGACUUACCUGAAGACGGGGAAGAUGAUGCUGAGGCGGGGGCGCGUGUGCCAGGAAGGAGCGGCGCGUGGAGAGAUGCGGUGAGGCAAAAUCAGAAGCUGCGAGUGGACAUGGAUGAUAUGAAGGCGCGGAUGGAGGAGCUGGAACGGGAGUGCAAUGCGAUGAAAAGAGCGAUUGACGAGGCGGGUGGGAGGCGAGACGGCGGCGGAGGAUGGAGGAAGAAGUUCGGGUGCAAGUUUAGGGCCCAAGUCUGUGACUCCCAUGUUGGGGCGGCGCGUGCCACGCUGCCAGAUCAGAUCUGCCUUGCACCAACUCAGCAAUUGCCUCGCGUUCUCCCACGAAAGCUCCACCACACAAGGGAGUCUGAUCCAAAGAAGCAACCCGUCAAUCUUGCACAAAUUCUGAAAAUUCUCCAAAAUUUCCAGAAUUUAGCACCCAAGGCAGAACCUAUCGAGAGCUCUUCCAAUCAGGCGUUAAAUUUGGCGGAAAAGCUCAACGAUAAGAGCUACGCCAUUUGGGCAUGCAAAAUGAGAUUGGCUAUAGACGAAAGGGGACGCCUCAAACACAUCACUGCCGCACCCCUCAAAACUGAUGAUUCCAAAUAUAUCAAAUGGAGGCAAGCAGAUUCAACGGUGAUAACUUGGAUACUGGAAAACAGAGAAUCGGAUAUUGUAAAUCAAUAUUUCGAUUAUCCUACUGCCUGGGAUUUAUGGAAGGGAAUCGAAGCCACAUACGGCUCCGGAAAAGAUCCCCUGCAAAUCUACGACUUAAUGGUCAAAGCCAGCGAGAUCAAACAAACAUCACAACCCCUUGAAAAGAUCUAUAGCCAACUUCAAACUGUUUGGAAGGAAAUCGACAGACGCCGACCCAACCCAAUGAAAUGUCCAGAGGAUAUGAUGAUUUUUACACAAAUUCAACCCUUUGCACAUUCUUACAUAUUGAAGCUGUUUGCACUCUUCUGCCAUCUGCCACACUGACAGAUUGUUCCAGAUAGAAUGUCACUUGUAUCACACUUCAGCCUCUUUGAUACUGAUUGAUUCAUAAAAUUAUGUGUACUGC